GCUAGCAGGCCUCAGGGAGAACUCCAAUGGCGUCUGUGUCAGCACUCCCACACCAGGCCACAACAAUGGCCGCCGCCAAUGUCCCAGUCCCUGGAGAGGUCUCACCUCUCACCGAGAUGCACUCAGGGCCUAUUAGCCGGAGUGCUGACAACAGACUGGCCCACCGGCGGCAGACAAUUCUCCGUGAGAAGGGGAGAAGGUUAGCUAAUCGAGGACCAGCAUACAUGUUUAAUGAUCGCUCAACAAGCUUAUCUGCUGAGGAGGAACGCUUUCUAGAUGCAGCUGAAUAUGGCAAUGUCCCUGUGGUGAGGAAGAUGUUAGAAGAAUGUCUCUCACUCAACGUUAACUGUGUGGAUUACAUGGGCCAGAAUGCCCUGCAAUUGGCAGUGGCCAACGAGCAUCUAGAAAUUACAGAACUUCUUCUCAAGAAAGAAAACCUCUCUCGUGUUGGGGAUGCCUUGCUCCUAGCUAUUAGUAAAGGUUAUGUUCGGAUUGUGGAAGCCAUUCUCAGUCAUCCAGCUUUUGCUGAAGGCAAGAGGUUAGCAACCAGCCCCAGCCAGUCUGAACUCCAGCAAGAUGAUUUUUAUGCCUAUGAUGAAGAUGGGACACGGUUCUCCCAUGAUGUGACUCCAAUCAUUCUGGCUGCGCACUGCCAGGAAUAUGAAAUUGUGCACACCCUCUUGCGGAAGGGUGCUCGGAUUGAACGGCCCCAUGAUUAUUUCUGCAAGUGUAGUGAAUGUAACCAGAAACAGAAGCAUGACUCCUUUAGCCACUCCAGAUCUAGGAUUAAUGCGUAUAAAGGCCUGGCAAGUCCAGCUUACCUGUCAUUGUCUAGUGAAGAUCCAGUGAUGACAGCUUUAGAACUUAGCAAUGAGCUGGCAGUGCUGGCCAACAUUGAGAAAGAGUUCAAGAAUGACUACAAAAAACUGUCAAUGCAGUGCAAAGAUUUUGUCGUUGGACUUCUUGAUCUGUGCAGAAACACUGAAGAAGUAGAGGCCAUUCUGAAUGGGGAUGUUGACACACGCCACAGUGGUGGAGAUCACGGUCGUCCAAAUCUCAGCCGUUUAAAACUUGCCAUUAAAUAUGAAGUAAAAAAAUUUGUAGCUCAUCCAAACUGUCAACAGCAGCUUCUGUCCAUCUGGUACGAGAACCUCUCCGGUUUGCGGCAGCAGACCAUGGCAGUCAAGUUUCUCGUGGUCCUCGCUGUUGCCAUCGGACUGCCCUUCCUGGCUCUCAUUUACUGGCUUGCUCCGUGCAGUAAGAUGGGGAAGAUAAUGCGUGGACCAUUCAUGAAGUUCGUAGCACACGCAGCCUCCUUCACCAUUUUUCUGGGACUACUAGUCAUGAAUGCAGCUGACAGAUUUGAAGGCACCAAACUCCUUCCUAAUGAAACCAGCACAGAUAAUGCAAAACAGCUGUUCAGGAUGAAAACAUCCUGCUUCUCGUGGAUGGAGAUGCUCAUUAUAUCCUGGGUAAUAGGCAUGAUAUGGGCUGAAUGUAAAGAAAUUUGGACUGAAGGCCCCAAAGAAUACUUGUUUGAGUUGUGGAAUAUGCUUGAUUUUGGUAUGUUAGCGAUCUUUGCAGCAUCUUUCAUUGCAAGAUUCAUGGCAUUUUGGCAUGCUUCCAAAGCCCAGAGCAUCAUUGAUGCAAAUGAUACUUUGAAGGACUUGACAAAAGUCACAUUGGGAGACAAUGUGAAAUACUACAAUUUGGCCAGGAUAAAGUGGGACCCCUCUGAUCCUCAAAUUAUAUCUGAAGGUCUUUAUGCAAUUGCUGUAGUUUUAAGUUUCUCUAGAAUAGCUUAUAUUUUACCAGCAAAUGAAAGCUUUGGACCUCUGCAGAUAUCACUGGGAAGAACAGUGAAAGACAUCUUCAAGUUCAUGGUCAUAUUCAUCAUGGUGUUUGUGGCCUUUAUGAUCGGAAUGUUCAACCUCUACUCCUACUACAUUGGUGCAAAACAAAAUGAAGCCUUCACCACGGUGGAGGAGAGUUUUAAGACACUGUUCUGGGCUAUAUUUGGACUGUCCGAAGUGAAGUCAGUGGUCAUCAACUAUAAUCACAAAUUCAUUGAAAAUAUCGGUUAUGUUCUUUAUGGAGUCUAUAAUGUUACAAUGGUCAUUGUUUUGCUAAAUAUGUUAAUUGCAAUGAUCAACAGUUCAUUCCAGGAAAUUGAGGAUGAUGCUGAUGUGGAAUGGAAAUUUGCAAGGGCCAAGCUUUGGUUUUCCUACUUUGAGGAGGGAAGAACUCUUCCUGUUCCCUUCAACCUGGUGCCAAGUCCAAAGUCCCUGUUUUAUCUCUUACUGAGGCUUAAAAAGUGGAUUUCUGAGCUGUUCCAGAGUCAUAAAAAAGGUUUCCAGGAAGAUGCAGAGAUGAACAAGAGAAAUGAAGAAAAGAAAUUUGGAAUUUUGGGAAGUCAUGAAAAUCUUUCAAAAUUAUCACUUGACAAAAAACAGCUUGGGCACAGUAAACAAUCAAGUAUAAGGAGCUCAGAAGAUUUCCAGUUAAAUAGUUUCAGUAAUCCUCCAAGACAGUAUCAGAAAAUAAUGAAGAGGCUCAUUAAAAGAUAUGUACUCAAAGCCCAGAUAGAUAAGGAGUGUGACGAAGUGAAUGAAGGGGAACUGAAGGAAAUUAAACAGGACAUAUCAAGUCUCCGCUAUGAACUCCUUGAAGAAAAAACUCAGAAUUCAGAAGACCUAGCACAACUUAUUAGAAAACUUGGGGAGAAAUUAUCAAUGGAACCAAAUCGAGAGGAAAGCAAUAGAUAAUGCAAAGACUUCCUUAAUAAUCCAUAUUUAUUUGUCCACUUGAAGCCAUAUUAUUUUUCGAUUUAUUUUUUUAAGUGCCGAUGUGACCACCUUUUAAAUAAGAAAAAGUUCAAAGAUGACUUGGGUCACCCUAUCAUCCAGAACCCUGAUAUUUAAUAUUUUUGGUGAUUAAAUUUCAUUGUUUAGCUAAAGGUUUCAGAUUAUGAUGAAAAUUACGCCCAGUUGUUUGGUGCUUGUUUUAUAAACUGCUUUCUUGAGUAUAACUGUUGUGCUGAUGUGGUUGUCAUGUAGUAUCUGCCUGGGAAUCAUCUCAGCUGGCAGGGGCAAACAUGCCAUACUGUGGUAUUUCCCCUGAUGGU